GAAGGCGGCAGCUAGAAGAGGCGUGUACAGGAGAAGGGAAGGCUGGGGGCGCGGCUGCAGCAGGAACACAAAUGUGUGUCAGGGCCUCCAGCGUCUUGCGACUGCACAAUAGUCUUUCUCACUCUCUGUACCCCACACUCCAGCUCCACAGCAGGCACAGCUCACUCCUCUCUUACCAGGUUGGGUCCAUUCUCAAGAGAUCUAAAGCAGAUACAGUCAAGGCUUUUCAUCACAAGAUGUCAUCACAAGCCUCAAAAGAUCACCAAGAGGGACAGAAGCCACCACUGAUAGUGGAUGACCACACUGUGGCUACUGUUAGAGAAUCCAAUAUCUUAGUUCUCUUGAGGGGUCUUCCUGGCAGUGGAAAAUCCACCCUGGCAAAAGAUAUUGAAAAAAAAUACAAGGACUCCUCUCGUCUAAUUUCUGCUGACAAGCAUGAGAUCAAGCCCGUGGUGAGGAGCUCUAGUGAAGAUUACUGUAAACUGAAUGAUGAGCUAACAACUUGCUUUGAAAGACGUGAGGCCAGUCUGGUCAUCCUUGAUGAUACACACCAUGACCGUGAAAGGCUUGAUGAAUUGUUUGAAUUGGCCAACAAGUACCAAUUCACUGUAGUUGUCAUAGAACCAAAGACAUCAUGGAAAUUGGACUGUGCCCAGCUGAAAGACCGGAACCACUGGAAGUUAUCUCUUGAGGAGCUUAAGAAUCUGAGCCCUACACUGGAGAAGGACCUCCUUCCUCUGUACUUUGGAUGGUUCCUGGCAAAGAGAGAUGAGGAUUCUUUAAGAAAGACCAGCCGUGAAUUUCUGGAGCAGCUACAAAACCUAAAGGCUUUUAAGAAGCGUUUACAAACAUUUGGUUGUGAAGACAAACAUAAGUUGGAUCUCUUGAAGUAUUUUACCAAAACACCAAAUAUCCUACACUGCACGGCCAAGUAUUGUGAUUAUGGAAAGGCUGUGGGAUCAGAAGAAUAUGCACACCAAGAGGCUGUGAAGAAGGCCUAUGCGAAAGGUUACACACUCCAUAUCACAGCCUUAUUCGCCACCCCCAGGACAGCAGGAGCACAAGUAGAACUCACAGAGGACCAGCUACUAGUAUGGCCUGCAGAUGCUGAGAAAGAAGUGAUGCCUAAGGACACCUUUCCCCGGGGAAGUCGUGCCCAUAUCACUCUGGGCACUGCAGCUGAAGUGGAGGAUGUUCAAACUGGCGUUGACCUUCUGGAGUUCAUAAAAUUGCAGCAAAGUGGGAGAGAGGGGGAGGGAGAGGGAGAGGGAGAGUUUGCCGGGUCCGUCAGUGGCAAAGUCUCUUACUAUGAUAAUGGUAUGUGGAUGCUUAACCUGGCCAGAAAGAUUGAAGUAAAAUCCAUCUUUUCAGGGUACUAUGGCAAACCAGGUGUCAGUGUCCCACUGCGGGGUGGCAAAAAAGGCCUUUUACAUCAGUGUCAAAUUGUGUAACAAAGUAAGCACUAAAAAAAAAAAAAUAAACCCACUUGGUUUGGACCUGGAAACUUUUAAACAACUUUUGCUUUUUAAGGGGCCCAUUUAUCAUUUCAUGUUUUUCAGGGAUUAGCUGCAAAUAUUAGGUAACGCCCAAAUGUAAGGAGGAGGGACCACAGAAAGUAUUGGAGAUCACCCAUAGAUUUCUAUGGGGGAUGCGAUGCGGCCCUAUUUACCAAUAUCCGGAAUGUGAUGGAUUCCCGAUAUUGGCCCCCGCAGCUUCAGAUGGCGGUAGCUGGGCUACACAUUGCAAAUGUAGCCAGCCUAGGGUUCCCCCAGAAGCCUCCCCAGAAGUGGCCUCUGUGCUUGUGCGGUCAGAGCUGACCAAGCAUGCACAGACCACCCGCCAGCCAUGCCAAGACAUCGCAGGGACUGGCUCCUUUUCGGAGCCCCUGUGCUGCAUAAUGCAUCAACACGAUGUGAUUGCAUAUUGCAAUGUGAUCCCAUUGAAUAUGCAGUCUAUGAUAAAUGGGCCUCUAACUAUCAAAGUGCCACUUAAUGUUUAAUAUUAUGUAGUAAUUUAUAUCCCACAUACUGUGAAUAUGAAGGUACAGCACUGUAUGAUGGUACAAAGGUAUAAUAUAAAAGUGCUUUCAUACUUGCUGCCUUCCACAGUAUUACGUGUUCUAGUCUGUAAUAAUAGCUACAUAUAGAUCAUAUAAUUAGUGUUAACUUUCCCAAGUCAAAGCGACCGUGUACUCUAAAUGUGCACUUUAAAAUAAAAACGAUAUAUUAACUUUGGUUUGUAAAACUGAUGGUGUCCGUAAUAUUAGACUAUCUCCAAUCUAUCUUUCUAAAUAAUCUGUGACCAUUCGGCAGCUCUCUCAGACGUGUGUAUCUAUGCAAUGACGUGCAGACAGCAUACUGUAUGUCCUGUUUAUUCUAUUUGGGUUGGGUAGGCGUUACAGACACUGGGGAUCUCCUCUUCAUAAAGGAAGAUUGUUUCACCUUAUAGGAAAGUAUGUGAUUAUUUUGAGGAUUUAAAAUAUCUUAAAGACAUGUUAAGGUGAAAAUAGCAAUUAGAUUGAAUUUUGUUUAUUCUAAAUGUGUGGGGGGGGGGGGGGGGGAAUCUAGUCCAUAGGAAAAUAAAAUGAUGUAACUCAUGGCAUCUAGAUUUGAUAGUUUUUCUAGUUCGGUUUAUAAAGCGUAACCAAAUAUCUGAGUUCUCCUGUGCCUUAAGUUUCUUCCAUGUCCAUGAAUUAAUCCUUUAGAAUUUACAUUUGCAGCCCCUCUGAACUAGGUUCCCCUAAAUUAGGAUUUUUCCAUCAGAUCUUUGAUUUGAUUCUACAGUUGCAUUUAGCAAAUUUGAUUGAUUAGCAAGCAACAAUGUCCCACAAUGAUUAUGCAUUUUCAUAAAAGAAAAAAAGAUGGAUACUCGUUAUAUUAAUGUUAUUUAGGGAUGGUCAUGAACACCGUUUAAUUCAAAAGGUUGGUUUAAGAUAUGAAUUGUCAAGGCACAAUUUUGUAAGGAUGUAAAAUUGCUCUUAGCUGCCCAGCUUAGAAUAACAUACCCUCCAACUGUACCUUUUUAGCAGGUACUGUACCUUUUUUUUUUUAUAUAUGGUCUGUACUGAUUUCUGGCUCUCCAAACUUCCAUUGAAAGUAUAGGAAAAGGUACCCAUGGCCACACCUGCUUUUCGGAUUUUUGUGUGUAAAAUGUUGGAGGGUAUGGAAUAACUGUGUUUUGGAAAAAAUAUUUUAUUUUUUUUCUAAUUCUUGUAAGUUUGAUGUACAGUAUACAAUAAGUCACACGUAGCACAUAUAUAGAAUGAUUUAGUAACUGGACUCCUUAAAUGUAAACAGAUCAAACUACUUGUUAUAUAAACAGGGAAUAUCUAAUGAAGUGGAUGUCCAAAGUGUACAACCACAUUAAGGUGGAACUGAAGUCAUAGGGGCUCAUUUAUCAAUAAGUGAUUAAAACUCGCUGUGAAUGAUAAAUGUAGCUCCACUGUCAUGUACUCAGCUCCUAACUGUCAUGUGUUUGAAAAAUGACAGUUAUGAGCUGAUUGGCUGGAGCAUCAUUUAUCAUAUGCAACAACUUUUAGCAUUCACAAUAAGUUUUAUCGCUCUUGAUAAGUGGGCCCCAUUUUCUUAUGAAAGAGAAGCAGAGAGUAGCAGCCUGUUCUUCUCUCACCUCUUGCUUAGGCCUCAGCAGCAGAAGCUCUGACAUAUAGUGUAACUACUGUAGUCUCUGCUGUGUUGUGUACGGUGCAGUUCUACCUGAAUGUGUGGGUGGCCGUUGGGCUUAUCCAUAUGAACAUUAUGAGAACUGUUCUGUCUGUUGCAUUUUCAAUUAGGAUCAAUAAGAACCAUGUUAAAAGUACAGUAAAACAUGUAGACAAGUUAGUGGCAUAGCUGAAGAGAAAAGGUAAAGCUAGUUCCACUGCACAUGAAAAUACCAGACCCGACACACACAGCGGGCGAUGGUAGGUAUGGCAUGUUCUCUUCUGGAAGUGAAAAUGUCCUCUCUAGGCACCUGUAACAUACUGCAAAGCUAAAAUUCAUUCAGUGCUUCAUAGUUUGCUCCAAACAAUUUUUUAUUUUUUUUCCGUUUAGAAGGAAAUUUGUUUUACAUGGAUUGUGUGUUUUUUCAGUGUUUUUUCAGUGUUGUCACCAUAAAUGCCCAAGUGCUUAGUGUACAGUAUAUGACAGACUGUAUACUGUUGCAAAUUUACAUGCACAAGAGUUAUGUUGCUUAAUGUUAUUUUUUUUUUGUUUUGUUUUGUAUGUGUGUGUUUAAUGAUAGCCAUGGUGUGAUUUGGGUUUUCAAUUCUCCCCAUAUGAGUGUAACGGUGGAGAUUAAAUUACAUUUUGCUCAUUUUAACACGUAAAGUUGUGUUCAUAGGUGAAUCUUCUGUGACUAUGUGCUGCUUCUCCUGGAUAUGAAAUGGAACCUAUGAAAACAGACUUAAUGGCGUUUUAAACAUUUAGCCACCCUUAAUAUUUUCAUUGACUUCACCCAGGCCUAAUGUACAGUAAAAAGCAGUCAUGUAAUUGUUCACAACUUUCGCUGCAACUAUUUACAGCCUGCUACAACUUGAAAACGCAGCCGUCUUACCAUUAUGAAGCCCUUUUAUAUCCUAUGGAUCUUGAUAUUGGGAUGUCUCAAGGGCAAACCAGGAGUAAUGAUUUGCGUUAAGCAGUUAUCAUUAAUGAGUAAUUAGUAAUCUACGUACUUGCAGCAAUAGUUGUACCGGUUUCCUCUGCACGAUUCUACUUCUCUCUAUAACCACAUUUCAAUGUUGGUACACUGUAUGGCCCGAAAGAGCCGAAAGUGCCUUACCUGAAAUCACAAAAUGUCUAGUGGCAGGAAAUAAACCAUUAUAUUUGGGAACCUAUUAGUGACAUUUGUCACAUGACUGGCUUAGUGCGGUCAUCCGCUUGUGAUCUUACAGCUCACCUGAAUGACGAUAUCUGUACAAUAGAGGGUAAGUGUCUGUACACACACACUGUAAAAGUGCAGCGAAUCUCCUGGUGCAUACAUCUGUUCAGUGAAUGAAUGCAUACAGCGGGGUGCGGUCAUAAUACCGUCAGAAGAACCCCAUACAGCCUAUAGAUAGAUGGUCUCUGUGACAGAUGGAUGCAGCUGCGUGCACUGGAAGUAAAAAACAAAAACCACACCAUGGUUUACCCAGUGAUGAUUUAAUAUUAACAUUUCAGUUGGUUUGGUUUAAAGGCAUUUUCUAUGUUGAACAUCUUACUUUGGUUAAUAGUUCACAUGUGGCUUUAACUCUUUCAUAUAUUCUCUUUUAAAAAGUACGUCCAAUAUUGGCAUAACUGCAAUCUAAAAGGGAUGAAAACAAUACAUUCCAGACUAUGAAACCCUGCUGAUCAGUAUGAUGUGUAAUGGAUAGCUGUGAGAAUGUACUAUUAUCUUUACUUUUUGGGUUUCAGUAGUACACAUUUUUGUAAUAAAGAUGGGUCUUUUAUAGCAAUCUGAAGUUCUAUUGCCGUGCAGUGAGACAUUCUAAAGGUGCAUUCACGCAGUGAGAUAUUGACUAUGCGAUUUCCAUGAACUCCCCCAGAGCCCAGAAGCACUGAUAAUGACUAUAUGUACCUUCGAUUUUGACUAAGUGACAAUUUUGACUAUACUUUGUACGUGUUGGUUAUGCGUGACCGGCGGCCAGGAGACAGACGGUAAUCAUACCGGCGGCGGUAUGCCGGGGCAGGGCUACAAGCCCCUGUGGGCUCAGUGGCAAGCUGUGCUCACCACAGGUUCUAUUCCCACUCUGUGGGUGUCAUGGACACCCACCGGUGGGAAUAGUCCCUGCUGGUUGGCAUGCCAACUGUCGGGAUUGUUAGUGGUCGGGAUGUAGGGGGAGGUAUUGAGACCGCCGGUCAUAUAACUACAUCCCCAUUGCACUUGAUUGUACACUAUAUAGUCAAGAUUGACUUACCUGCACAGUCUAUCUUUCCCUGCGAUACCGACCCCACUGGAGUGCGCAUCGGUAUCUCAAGCUGCCUAACACCAGUGCGUUUUGCACUAACUUUCCUUGCGAUUUCGGCUAUAUGGUGAAAAUUACAAGGAUAAAUCUCACCAUGUGUACACACCUUAAGUGCCAAGAGAGCAGUACCCUGGGGCCAUUCUUGAUAUUCCAGAUGAAUGGUGAAUGACAUCUGUACUUCAUGUACUCAGUACUACAUAGUAAUUUAGAAUUUUUUUUUUGUCUGGGAAAUUUUUUACGGAUCUUACUAGUUCAGAUAUUUCUGGUUUACACACAAGCUACGUUCUUUAUCCUUUUAUAAUUUAGGAAAAUGUAUAAUUCUAUCAACUAGCACCUGUUCAUUUUGGUACAGUACAAAGGGCUCUAGAUGUGCCUAUGUAUAACCAUUUUGUGGGCUGAACUGAAAGGAAUGAGAAUACAGCUAAUCAAUUCAGUAGGAGCUAGUAACAAUUGACAAAUGAGACAUAUGAUGCCUCAAAAUAAUCACAAGCUCUUACUUAAUAGAUAGGCUCCGUAUCAUUAGUGCCUUUUAAAGGAUCAUUGGUUAGUUCCUGUCUCAUAACCUCUUACUGCUAAUUGUACUCAACACCAACAACAAAAAAAGUGAAAUGACUAAACACGUCUUAAAUAUGUUACCAACAUCUUUAAUAAAACAAAUAAACAACAUGUUAAGUAUUGUGUCAAGUAAA